UCUAACCUAGAACUAUACUAAAAAUAUAAACAAAUAAAAGUUAUAACGAACAACAGUGGUUUUGGUCUUAAAAUGAGAUUUUUAUCUCAAAUAUUUCAGCCGGUCAUCACUAUACCCAAAGGCGCCAAAAUUAAGAACACGGAAAUAACAUGUAAAAGCCAAAAGCUGCUCAUGGAAUGUGGGCUGGUCAGACCCACAAGCUCGGGGCUGUUCACCAUACUGCCCCUCGCCAGGAGAUCCAUCACCAAGUUAGAGAAUAUCAUACACCACUGCUUAGAAGAGGUGGGAGCCCAGAGGCUGUCAUUACCGUGUUUGACGUCAGCCAAGCUGUGGAAACAGAGUGGCAGGAUCGACAGUGUUGGUCCGGAGCUCAUCCAGGUUGAGGACAGACAUGGAAAGAGAUAUUUACUUGCCCCGACUCAUGAAGAAGCAAUAGCUGAUUUAGUUGCAGACAUAGGUCCUUUAUCCUAUAAACAAUUACCGUUUCUCCUAUAUCAGAUUGGCAACAAGUAUCGCGACGAACACCGACCGAAGCAUGGCCUCCUGCGCUCGCGGGAGUUCAGCAUGCUGGACGCGUACAGCAUACACGCGUCGGACGCCUGCGCGACCAACACUUACAACGUCGUGACCGACGCCUACAAGAAGAUAUUCAGGACAUUGGACUUACCUGUGCAUAGAGUGCAGGCGCCGCCGGGGGACAUGGGCGGGCGGUUGUCGCACGAGUGGCAACUGCCCGCCGCGGCUGGCGAGGACGCGUUGGCGGUGUGCCCGUCCUGCCACCACGCCGCGCGCGCCCGCCAGCCCGGCGCGUGCGAGCGUUGCGGGGCCGACACGUGCGCCGUCAACAGCAUAGAGGUCGGCCAUACAUUCGUGUUGGGCGCCCGCUACAGCGAGCCCCUGCUGGCCGGCUUCGUAGCCCCCGACGCCUCCACCGCCCCCGUGCACAUGGCCUGCUACGGCAUCGGGGUCACCAGGUUGCUCUCGGCCAGUGUGGAAGCCCUGUCCAGCGAGAAGGCGCUCCGCUGGCCGGCCGCCAUCGCGCCCUACUCCGCCGUCGUCAUCGGCCCCAAGGAAGGCUCGAAGGAGUGGUCGGCGCACGGCUUCGACCGCGUGCAGGACGUGGCGCGGCGGGUUGAGCAAAACGCCUUCCGCGAUGACGUCAUCGUGGACGACCGCCACCAGCUCACCAUCGGCAAGCGCCUCAUGAUGGCUGACAGGAUGGGCUACCCGCACAUCGUGGUGUGCGGGCGCGGAGCCCUGGAAGCCCCGCCCCGGUACGAGCUGUUCCGCAGCGGCGACGCCGAGCCGCGCGCGUUGGACCUCAACGAACUGCUGGCCACGUUGGCUGACCAACGCAUCCGACAGCCCGUUGACGCGGGCGCGGACUACGGCGAGAGCGCUGGCUAAUAAACUCUUGUCUCUUG